AUGGUUAUGAUUACGAUUUUAAUAUCUAACAUUAAUAAACAACAAAUAGACGAAAACAAGAUACACCCAGAAGAAGUUAGAGCUGCUGAAAGCGCGCUUGAAAAACUGGAAGAUAGUUCGUUACAAUUCAGUGAAGUGAGUGAGGUGGACGGUGGUCCUUUUCAGUUUGUCGAAUCGGAUCAUACUACCUUUUGGAAGAAUAAAAAGGGUAAAAUAAAUCAGAAGCGUUUUAAUAUUGCAUCAGUCGUAUGUUACUACUUUUGGAAAAUAGGGAGAUUACUGAAAGCAAAGGAAAAGACUGAGGCCUCCUCUGUAGUGCGUGAAAUAGAGAAAGGUUGUUGUAAGAGGAAGUGCAUAGGAGAUAUUCCAGUUCGGUACGUUACGAAAAAAAGGGAGGAAUUUUGGUUGAAGACCAACCAAGAGAGAAACGAAGUUAUAACUACUGCCAUUGCCAGCAGAAGUGAUGGCCGUCUACAGUUGAAUGAUGUCUCGGAAACCAUUUGUGCAACGGCAUGGUGUACCGUCCACGGGUUCUCCAUUUCAAGUUACUAUGAGCAAUUAAAAAAAGGGAACCAGUGUACUCAGCAGAGUAGAAAGAAAUCUCUGGCCUUCGAACUGGCUUUGGAGUGGUUCAGAGGAUUCGCAAAAAGUGCAGAACAAAUGCCAAACUCCUCCUCAAGGCCAUUGCUGUCCUGCCUGACGAAAAAUGAAGUGUAUACGUUGUACAAGGAGGAAAUGGGGGACAACCCUACACUUUCACGCGUGCACUUCUUAUAUAAAAUGUGGAAAGUGAACUUUCCAGAUGUUUAUAUACCAAAGCAAAGUCGGUUUACAAAGUGCACAAUUUGCGAACAGUUGAAAGUAGAAUUGAGUAAGCCGCAAGUUCAAGAACAGCACAAUCACUUGAGAAUGAUGAGGAAACUUCACCUUACUCAACAGAUGACGGAGAGGAACAAGUACUACAAACACAACAUCAAAGCAAGAGUAAACCCAAACAAGUACUUGUCCCUUAUCAUUGAUGGCAUGGACCAAGCUAAACAUAACUUGCCACAUUUUACUACAAGUACAAAGGUAGACGAAGGUGCGUGGAAAUUAAAGACGCAUCUCACAGGUGUCCUGGUUAACCAGAAACAAGAAGCCCAUGCGUUUCUUGAUUUAUGCGAGUACCCGCAUGAUUCAAAUUUGACUAUCAACGUCAUGCUGGAGACUCUCGUACGCCACAUUGACUUUUUACCGCCUGUCCUGUACCUCCAGAUGGACAACUGUUGGAGGGAGAACAAAUACCGCUAUGUCCUAAGUUUUCUAAGUUUAUUGGUCGAGAGGAAAAUUUUUGAGAGGAUCAAAAUAUCUUUCUUGGUGGUGGGUCAUACAUAUGAAAACAUCGAUCAGAUGUUUUCAUGUGUAGCAAGAAGACUUGCCAAGAACGCCGCCCAUACUUUAGAGGCACUGAAGGAACAGAUUAAAAUGUUUUCAUUUGUAGCAAGAAGACUUGCCAAGAACGAUGCCCAUACGUUAGAGGCAUUGAAGGACCAGAUUAAAGUAUCAUACACCCCUUCUGUAUUAGUAGAGGAAUUGUUAUUUGUGUUCGAGGUCAAAGCGUGGAUGGAGAACUCCAUGAAUUACAUAUCAGGCCACAUCCACCAAGCCGUUUUCAAAAUUCAAAACGACAACGGUAACUCCAAGCUGUUUUACGAGAAGUGGUCCAUCUCACCUGUCUGGCGGCCUGAUGGCGGGAUACGUCUCAUCUCGCCCAUAUUAAGAGGAGGUCCCAAGCUUGUCAAACCGAACAGUCUCGAUGGCAUGUACCUUGACAAGCUUGAAAUGGACCUCCCAAAAUACGCCAUGAAAUUGCAAGACUCAGAAAUAGUAUGGUAGAGAGAGUUCAUAACGAGGCUGAGGAAUCGCCAUGAGCAGCCACACAGGGCUAAAAAAUGGGACGUGAAUGCCCUGGCAAAUACUGUUAGCCAAGUUGCCACAGCGCAGUCUACCUCUUCUGUGGAGUUGAGUAGACUCGUAUCGAGAGAAGAAAGAGAAGUCGAGGUAACUAUAACCGCUCGACGAUAAGAAAGAAUAAACACCCAGGGUACCUCUUGUGUGCAACAGUAUGUUGCCGGAUUAUUAGCCAGCACGGGCCGCACAAAGAUACUAUAACAUAACAGAUUAAAUCAAAUUUAAAUAUCGAAUUAAUCUAUAUAGUAACCUGUGCCAUGUUGGUCUUGACUC